AUGUCAAGUGCUCAAAAUAGAUGCCGGGGCGGUGGUCGUGGAACCAAGGAACCACUCCUCAUUGAAGCGGUCAUUGGCAAAGUGGUUAAACGCAACCGUCGGAACUUCUCCGACGCCUGGAUAGACUAUAGAAAGGCAUUCGACUCGGUGCACCAUACAUGGCUAAAGAGGGUCCUCGAGCUGUACAAGGUUGACUGUACAGUAAGAGACUUCUUCGGGCAGUGUAUGGAGCAGUGUAGUACAAUCCUUUGUCAUCUAGGCGAGCGGAUGACGGAUGCGAAAAGCCGCAUAAGGAUAAGAAGGGGUAUCUUCCAGGGCGAUUGCUUGAGUCCAAUCUAA